AUGCCUAGCCUGCUACGAAAGGUAGUCAUCAUCGCAGCGGUCGAUGGGCUCAUCCUACAAUCCUCGGGGAACGGCCUGCGCUACAAUGGCAACAGCGACUCCUCAUCGAUUCGCAUUGACUAUAAAACGAAUCGCAUCUCGUCCCUCCUAAGCCCCGCACCAGACCUAACUGAGGGGAAAGAUUUUACAGCCUUGGAAAGCUAUGGCAUUGUUGGCCUUCUAUCCGUUGCGUCAUACUCGUUUCUCAUCACGAUCACGCAGCGCCAUCAAGUCGCCCAAAUCCAAGGCAAGCCGAUCUACACCAUCGCGAAUGUCGCCGUAAUCCCCACAUCCUCUCACGAAGAUGCCAGUCGCGCGAUAACGCAAGCAAAGGAGAGCAUCCUGCAAGGCGAAGAAGAGAAUGACGACAGCGAUACAGCAUCCGAGGAUGCAGACGUAUCCGAAGCGGAGAGCGAUGGCGCAGACACCGAAGUCAACACAGCGCCAGUCUCGCCAGUUCGGGAAGCGCGUCCCGCCGGGACCGACAGCAUCAGUAGCAAUAUCACAGAGAACAUGAUUGGUAAGAGGCUGCGGUUCGGCCGCUUCGCGGCGAACUGGCUGUCGCGAAAGGCGAUGGGGUUGCCUGGGCUCGGUACUGCGGAGUUGAAUACGGAUGAUGCCGUGGGUAUACCGCUGGUGGAAUUUAAGGAGGGUGAACCUGUGGCGUCGGGAUCAUCGGCUGCUCUGAAUACAGAGUCUACUGCUCCUCCUACAUCUGCGAAGGAUGACGGGACUCCAUCACCGGAGAGUGAAGGAAAUCCGGAACCGCCUACGGCGACCAAACCGAUUGAGUUGCUACCGAAGUUGCUGCGGUAUACGAAGUUAAUCUUCUCGUCUCGCAACUUCUUUUUCUCGUAUGACUACGACCUCACGAGGCCGGUUAGCGUUCAACCACCGGCUUCGAAUGGACAUCUGCCGCUAUACAAGUAUGCGGAUGAACUGUACUUCUGGAACCAAAACCUUAUGGUCCCAUUCGUGACAGCGGGUGCAAAUCAUGUGGUCUUACCUCUUAUACAGGGCUUCGUCGGCCAAAGCGAAUUCACAGUGGCCGCAAAGUCAGAUCCCACGGCUUCUUCUGAGGCAGAGGCUGCGGAGGCAUGCAUUUUGGGCGAGAAAGAAGAAGCACAGGAGAUACACACAGAUGGCGAAAAGCGAAAUUUCUUGCUUACUUUGAUCUCCCGCCGGUCAGUCAAACGGCCAGGCCUGCGAUAUCUACGUCGUGGAGUAGACGACGACGGCAAUACCGCCAAUACUGUGGAGACGGAGCAGAUUCUCUCGGUUCCAGACUGGGAUCCUUCCCAUAACGUCUACUCUUACCUUCAGCUACGAGGUUCAAUUCCGUUAUACUUCUCGCAGUCACCGUACUCCUUCAAGCCGGUUCCUGUUCUCCAUCAUUCGACUGAGACGAAUCAACUUGCAUUUGAGCGACAUUUUCGCACUAUAAGCCGACGCUAUGGGAAGAUACAAGCCGUUUCCCUCAUCGACAAACGCCCUCCUGAGGUGAAAAUAGGGGAGCAGUACGAGAAAUAUGCUGAAGAACUGAAUAUGUCUGGCGGCAUUGACGGCACCCCACUUGGAUUCGAAUGGUUCGAUUUCCACAAUGAAUGCCGGGGUAUGAAAUUCGAGAACGUGAGCCGGCUGGUCGAUAGACUCUCAGAUACCCUGGGCGAGUUCAAAGGUACAGUCGUAAACAACGGCACCGUCCUUCAAAGCCAGAUGGGGAUCGUGCGGACCAACUGCAUGGAUUGCCUUGACCGAACGGGUGUCGCACAAUGCGCCUUUGCACAAUGGGCUCUAGAGAACGAGUUGAAACAGGAAGGAAUCGAUAUUGAUCUAGGUGGUGACUCCUCUACUGGGUGGUUUAACAUUCUGUGGGCGGAUAACGGAGAUGCCAUCUCUAAGCAGUAUUCUUCAACGGCGGCGCUGAAGGGCGAUUAUACAAGGACCAGGAAACGAGACUAUCGUGGAGCUCUGAAUGACUUCGGGCUGACGCUGUCUCGGUACUUUAACAACAUUGUCAACGAUUACUUCUCGCAGGCAUGCGUUGACUACCUCUUGGGCAAUGUCUCGACCCAGGUAUUCCAAGAGUUUGCAACGGAAUUACAAACAGCGGAUCCCGGUAUUUCAGUUCAGAAACUCAGACAGAAUGCAAUUGACACAAGUUGUCGCAUUGUGAUCAGUGAUCAGUCCGAAGAGUUCCUGGGCGGGUGGACCAUGUUAACACCCCGGCAGCCAAAUACACUUAGAACACUGCCAUUCGAGGAAUCAGUCCUACUUCUCACUGAUGCGGCCGUCUACAGCUGCCGUUUUGAUUGGAAUAUAGACAAGGUACUGUCGUUCGAGCGGAUCGAUUUGCGCUCAAUCUCUCGUAUGAACUACGGCACAUACAUAACAUCAACCCUAACAGAGGCACAAUCCGACGAAAAACGCAAUGUCGGCCUAGUAAUCGAGUUCCGCGAAGGCGACAACAAUGCUCUCCGAGUGAACACACGCUCCCUCCAGAGCGAGGUCGACCCGAAAGCACUAGACAACCAGUGGGACAUGGCCUCAUGGUUUACGGGCUCACAGCGCGCGAAAACACGCGUUAUGGCAUUCAAGGCCCUUCCGCUGUCGAAUUCGGUUACCCAAACACAGCGCAGAAAUAGCGUAACAGUGAGCGAGACAGACUGGGUCCGCACUAUCUGUGAGGAAAUCGAGCGGGCCAUGAGAGCGGGCGAGACGAAGACAGAGGCGGAUGCGGAGCCGCGACCUUCUGUUAUAGAAUCGUCUGAGAUCAUCUCACUGGCUGAGGCGAAGAAGCGAACGGGCCUAUUGGAGUAUUUGGUGCACGACAUUAAGAAGAUGGUCUGGGCUUAA